AUGAACCCUGCUGGCGACCAGCAACACCCUCCGCCUGGCGCAACCGCCCCCGCUGCUGCUGCGAUGCCUCCCAUGUCCGACGCCACCGCCGCCACUGUCGCCUCGACCUUCCUUUCGACCUGGGUUGCCCGUUUCGGAGCCCCAGCUGUCGUCACCACGGACCGUGGCGCCCAGUUCGAAGCGAGGCUUUUUGCCGCUUUCCUCCAACUCCUGGGCACGCGACGGAUUCGCACCACAUCCUACCAUCCGGCCUCUAACGGUAUGGUAGAACGCCUGCAUCGCCAGUUAAAGGGUGCCAUCAUGGCCCACGAGGACACCGCCCACUGGUCAUCUGUCUUGCCCGUCGUCCUCCUCGGCAUCCGCGCAUCCGUCAAGGCCGACCUCGGCUGCAGCGCGGCCGAACUGGUGUACGGCACUACCCUCAGGCUCCCGGCUGACUUCUUUGACGUAACAGAGGUCUCCGCUCCCCCCGGAACUUACGUCGACACGCUUCGUCGCGCUUUCGCAAACGUCCGUCCUGCCUCACCUCGUGUUCCCUCGCCCAGAUCCUCCUUUGUCCCCCAGCAGCUGUUUUCUGCCUCGCAUGUCUUCAUGCGCCGUGACAGGAUCCGCCGCCCGCUUGAGCAACCUUACACCGGCCCUCACCCCGUUCUCCGGCGUUCGGACAAGUUUUUUACCAUCUCGGUUGAUGGCAAAACAGAAACCGUGAGCCUGGACAGACUCAAGCCAGCCUUUGUGGAGCCACCCGGACCCCCAGUAGCCCUCCCGCCUCCCUUCCCCACUCAGCCUUCUCUGAGCGCCACCAGACAUGUCACUUGGGCUGACCGCUCCUCUCGGAGUCUGGGGGGGAGGCAGUGUAGCAGCCCGCAUCGCCAUCGUUAA